GCUGCGCCGCCACCGCCCGAUCCUCAGUCCUCGCUCCUCUGGGGCGCUCUUAGCAGCAGCCGUUGCUCCUUUUCUUCCUGCUCACCUACUUUCCUCCGAGCGCUAUGACCGUCGUCUCCGUCCCGCAGCGGGAGCCACUUGUCCUGGGUGGUCGCCUUGCACCCCUGGGCUUUUCCGCCCGCGGUUACUUCGGGGCCCUCCCGAUGGUGACCACGGCUCCGCCGCCUUUACCCCGGAUUCCGGAUCCCCGGGCACUGCCCCCCACCUUUUUCCUUCCUCAUUUCUUAGGGGGCGACGGUCAUUGUCUAGCCCCUCAGCCUCGUGCACCAGCACCUCUGCCCAACUGCAGCCUCGCCCCGGCGGGGGGCACCCCUCGGGCCGCGCCAAAGAAGCGGCGAAAGAAGAAGGUGCGGGCCAGUCCGGCAGGGCAGCUGCCCAGCCGCUUCCACCAGUACCAGCAGCACCGGCCGAGCCUGGAGAGUGGGCAGAGCCCCUCAACGGACCAGAGCGGACCGCAGGAAGUCCCGGACCAGGCCGCCGCCUCGGCCCCGGGUCCUGCGACCGCAACUCAAACUGAGGAAGCUAGCCCUUUCCCUGGUCCGCUGCCGCCCGCGGCGCCAGGCCAACCCUCGUUCAGUAGCGAGGUUUUAAAAUCAAACAUGGGAAAGUUGGAGAAAAUUACCAUUCCCCACGGGCAGCUUGUUUAUGGCAUGCACUUGUGUGAACAACCAAAGAUAAACAGACAGAAAAGCAGAUAUAACUUACCACUAACCAAGAUCACCUCUACAAAAAGAAAUGAAAAUAACUUUUGGCAGGAUUCUGUUUCAUCUGAUAUAAUUCAGAAACAGGAAAAAAAGCCUUUUAAAAUUAUGGAGAACAUUAAAAAAAAGCAUUUGAAGAAAUCCGCAUUUCUAACUGAAGUCAGCCAAAAGGAAAAUUACGCUGGAGCAAAGUUUAGUGAUCGUCCUUCUCCUAGUGUUCUUCCAAAGCCGCCUAGUCACUGGAUGGGAAGCACUAUUGAAAAUUCCAACCAAAAUAGGGAGUUGAUGGCAGUACACUUAAAAACUCUCCUAAAAGUUCAAACUUAGAUCUCGGAUUUCAGUAUGUAUGUAAAACCUAGUUUUUCGAAAAACCCUGGACUCUUGAAAAUUGGUACAGAAAUGGAAAUUUGCCUUGCUGCAACUUACAAGUACAAAAGAUGUUUAAAAAAUUACAAACAGCUUGUAUUAUAUUUUAUAUUUUGUAAAUACUGUAUACCAUGUUAUGUGUAUAUUGUUCAUACUUGAGAGGUACAUUAUAGUUUUGUUAUGAAAGUAUGUAUUUUGACCUGCCCAAAUGGUAGGUGUUUUGUAUAUAUACAAUGGAGAAAUUUUACGUGUGCGCUAAGGCACAUGGAAGACCAAUUUAUUUGCACAAGGUACUGAGAGAUUUUUCUCAAGAAACAGCUGUCCAUCUCAAGAUGAUCUAAAUGUGAACAGUUUACUAAUGCACUACUGAAGUUUAAAUCUGUGGCACAAUCAUUGUAAACAUGGGGUUUGUCUAUGUUUUUCUAAAUUGAUUUCGGCCUUCUAAUCUGUAAUUACUGGAAAACUCCCCAUUUUUACCAAACUUAAUUUCUGUUUUUUUAUUUAUAUCCAUAUUCAAAUUUAAAAUAUCUCUUAAUUUCAAUGCCAACAAAAUUGGUUGUAAUCAAAUUUUUAAAUAAUAAUAAUUUGGCCCCCCCCUUUUAAA